AUGUCGGAAAACGAGCCCGCCUCCCGCUCUGACAAUAUCGGCGCCCAGUCUUCGCACCUAUCCGGCCUCGCUCUCUCCCUCUGCAUAUUCGCCCUGUGCAUCGCCACCCUGUGCGUCGCCUUGGAUAACACUAUCAUCGCAACCGCCAUCCCUCGAAUUACGGACGAGUUUCACAGUCUCACAGAUGUGGGAUGGUAUGGGUCUUCAUUUCAACUCCCCUUUGGCAAGCUCUAUAAGGUCUUCAACCCGAAAUGGGUUUUCCUCGUGGCCUUGUUAACUUUCGAGGUCGGCUCUGUCAUCUGUGGUGCUGCACCGACCUCGAUGGCAUUGAUCAUAGGCCGAGCCAUCGCUGGUGUAGGAUCCGCGGGUGUCUUCAGCGGCUCGCUGGUCAUUAUCGCACACUCCACACCCAUAGAGAAGAGGCCGAUCUACACCAGCAUCGUUGGUGGCAUGUUUGGCAUUGCUUCCGUUGUGGGGCCCCUCCUUGGAGGUGCAUUCACCGAUCACGUAACCUGGAGGUGGUGCUUUUACAUUAAUCUUCCAAUUGGCGCUGUGACGGCGGUGGUUCUUCUCUAUUUCCUACGUCUAAAUGCUGGCGGCAAUCCUCUAAGGAUACAAAGCGCCGGGAGGUUCCUAUGGAGCCUUGACCCUCUCGGUCUCUCCCUGUUCGUGGGCGCUAUCACGUGUUGUCUCAUCGCUUUGGAGUCUUGGGGUAGUGGACGAAUAAUUGCACUAUUUGUAGUGUUCCCCCUCGCACUCAUCAGCUUCGUUAUUGUCCAGUGGUGGCUUGGGGAGAAUGCGACUAUCCCCCCCCGUGUCGGGCUUCAGCGGACGAUUUGGUCCUCUAGUCUUUUCACCUUCUGUCUGUCUUCUGGCUUCUUCAUUCUAAUCUACUUUCUCCCUAUCUAUUUCCAAGCUGUAACGGGCAGGACAGCGCUCGACUCGGGCAUCGCCAGCAUCCCCCUCAUUCUCUCCAACGUACUGGGCCUCAUCCUAGUCGGCGGCCUGGUCAGCACAUUCGGCUUCUACAUACCCUUUGUCUAUGCCUGUAUUGUCUGUAUCUGCGUCGCGGCGGGUCUCAUCACGACACUAGCUGUCGAUACUACUAUAGGUCAAUGGAUCGGCUACCAGAUCUUAUACGGCUUCGGAGUCGGCUGUGCCUACCAGCUGCCGCAGAUCGCCGCCCAGACAGUGCUCCCUCUAAACGAUGUCCCAACCGGCCUCGCCAUUACCAUCUUCUUCCAGAACUUCGGCCCGGCCGUGCUUCUCAGUGCGGGAAACAAUGUGCUUAACGAAGGGCUCCUACGCUACAUUUCCGAGCUCGACCUCCCUAGGGUUAACGCUCUCGCUGUGUCCCGUGCGGGUGCCCUUGCCUUCCGAGAACUCGUACCUGAAGAAUACCUCGGUGCCAUCAUUGGGGCGUAUAAUGAGGCGUUGCAGGACACCUUCCGAGUCGCGCUGAUUAUGUCGUGCUUAACCGUCAUUGGUGCCGCCUUUAUGGAGUGGAAAAGCGUGAAGACGGCAAAGGGGGGGGGGAGGUCAGCCAUUGCUAUAGCCUAAUGGGGUAACUAUAAUAAGAUUCCAAUAGCUAAUUAGUGAUUUCUGUCUGUCUGUUUGUCUGAGGAUGGAAUGCGGUGCUUAUGCGGAUUUUAACGCUGACCAGCUUUAGGAAGUCCUUCUAGAGGUGGGAUGUGA